GUGGAAAUUAAAUCGGUGAUGAAGGUGCAUCAGGCUUAGGUUCUGGUUUAGCAAAUUGCAUUAAUCUCUCAAAUUUGUCACUUAGAAUUGGCUCAAUGAAUUACUCAUAAAAAUUCAAAGUAAUAAGCAAGUGUCUUAAAUCAAAAAGAUUAGUUGUCUUUAAAAAAUGGUUCUUUUGAUAAGCAAAUAAAGAAAAAAGGACGAAUAAAUAUUAAAUGUUUUAAUAGUUGAAUAUUAAAGGUUUUUUUAAUUUUUUUAUAUUUUGAAAAAGUUUUUUUUACCUAAAUUAUAUUAGAUUUUAUUAUUGUUUUUUUAUUAUAAAUAUCAUUUAUAUUUUUGUAAGUAAAUAAAUUAUUUGUAAAAAUUAAAAAAUUAAAUUUACUUAAAAAAUUCUUUUUUUUGCCCUUAUUUUAAGUGA